AGUCUCCGAUUAUAGUCGAGAGCGGUAGGUAACGUUUCGCGUCGAUUAUUUUAUGUGCCAUGUAAAAGACGCGACGAAAUCAAACGAUGUUUGAAUUAAUUUAACACAGUAAUUUUUUUUUCUCAAAUAAACUUUUAUGAUAUUAGUAGUUCUUUGUUUAGGGAAAUUUCUAGAUUUAUGUUACACAUUUAUAUAGUAUAACCGAACUAUUAGAGUGGCAAACAUAACCUCCAUAAAAUAUUAAAGUAUUGAAUUUAUAUUUGUAUUUAGAACAUUCAUACAAACUUUUGGCGAAUUUUUGCACGUUUAAACUUAUAUACGGGGCGUUUUAAAAAUUCAUUAUAUAAAAUUUGGAAACAAUGAAGUGUUGAGGGUAUCCACAGAUAUGUCCGCGACGGAUUCCAGAGACCAAACGUCAACAAGAAAAACCUUCGCCAAAUUACCAGUUCACCAACUGAAUCCGAGUUAUACAGUGCGCGUCAUUUGUUGCGUUUUCCUCAUAUUUCUCACCGAAAUCUUGUUGGCUCAUUACGUUUAUCGAUUAAUGAAUUCUGAAAUAAGAGAAGACUACGUUUCGAAAAAUUCGUUUCGACAACAUUUCCUUCUCGAAUUACGCAGUGAGGAUUUCAGAAACGAAGUCGGAAGAAUAUUUGGGGAAUUGGGGAACAUCAAUACCAACGUAAAUAGAAAGAAGAGGAGUGUCAAACAUAAAUUGGAUUAUAAUUAUCUGGAAAUACAAGCGGAGGAGCCGCAAGUCGAGUUUUUUAAUCAGAAAACUAGAUUAGUUGGCGAUGAAAAAGGUGAAGAAAAUUUAGGAAAACCCGGGAAGAAGGAGUUAUCGCCCGGGGGGGAUUCUUGGAUAUGGGUCACUAGUUCUAGUAGGAUACCGGAAAAAGCUUUGGAAAGUUAUUGUCAAAAAGUACAAGAAUUUUGUCCUAAAAAUGUAGGACCGCAAGGACCACCGGGACAAAAAGGAGAACAAGGACUACGAGGUUUUCCAGGAAUACCAGGAGACAUGGGUUCACCGGGAUUUCCUGGUGAAAAAGGAGAACAAGGUCGUCCCGGUUUGGACGGCAGAGAUGGUUUACCAGGAGAACCGGGGCUAUACGGUCGUCCUGGGCGCAAUGGAUACGACGGUGCCCCUGGAAAAGACGGUAUACCCGGAAUGGACGGUAAAGAUGGUAUAAAUGGUAUGAAAGGUGAGAGAGGUUUAACUGGUCCUCAAGGACCCCGAGGUUUAACGGGGUUGCCAGGACCGCGCGGAAGACCUGGUAAGCCAGGUACGCAUGGUACGCCCGGUAUACCCGGUAUAUCUACUUGGCAAUUUACUGAUAAGAAUACUUCGAAAUUGUUAAUUCCCCCCUCCAUUGCAGGAGCUCCCGGAAAAAUAGGCCCCCACAUUGUACACGAAAGAGAAAAUGUAAAUUUGCAGUGCUUAGCUUCUGGUAAUCCUCCACCACGUACUUUAUGGCAACGUCUGGAUAAUAGGCCGGUUAUUAUGGGAACAUGGCAAGAGCUGCAGGUUCCGGGUCCUAAUUUGAGUAUUCCGCAAAUAACACGCGAUCACAUGGGAAUUUACAUGUGCACGGCUGAUAAUGGAGUGCCCCCACAGGCGAACAGGACGUACUUAAUUGAGGUUCAUUUUCCUCCCCUCGUCAGAAUAUCAAAUCAAAAUGUGCCGGCGGCAAACGGAUCAACAGCGGUCUUGGAAUGCGAAACAGAAGCUUUUCCCGAACCCCUUCGUUACUGGGAACGAUCUGAUGGUAGACUACUCGAAAAUAGCGAUAAAUUUCGAAUAGAUAAUUCACUGGAACGAAACGGGUACAGAUUCAGGAUGCAGCUGAAUAUAACCAAAAUAACUAGUCAAGAUUUCAACUAUAAAUAUUAUUGCAUCAGCAAAAACGAAUUGCAAACAACUAAAGGAGAAUUUCAAUUGGGAAAAUAUACGUCUGAUCAGUCGUUAUACACCGAAAGGGGUAAGGGUCCAGUUCUGUUCGGUAUGAUUCCUCCCGAGAAAGUAUCGUUGGAAGAUCUUUGCGGGCCUCCGAUCCAAUGCCCCGAAUGCGAUUUCAAAGAACAGAAAUGCAUUUCUGGGGGAGUAUCUUUGGUCGAUUUAAUCAGCCAUUGGGAGGUACAUCCUUAUAACGAAGAUAUCACUUAUAGCGGUUUUCCUAAUAGGGUUAAAGAUUGCGUGCUAUACGCGGUAGGUAAACCAGUCUAUCUUCGAACAACUGAAGAUCAAUUUGGAUGCUGGAUGAGGGAUUCUAAUCCGGUAUCGGAUAAAGACGAGAUGAAAUUUUGGGUAACUAAAGAAACUUACCCGGAUAAAUUAUUUGAAUAUGCUAAUAAAACUAUGUAUAGGAACGAUACUCAUACUGCUGUAUAUGAUUUAGAUCAUCCGUUCGGGGGAAACACCCACGUCAUAUACAACGGUAAUUUUUUCUACAAUAUCAAAGAUACUCUUAGAAUUGUCAGGUAUAAUCUUCUCAAUCAAAGUACGGUACCUUUGGAUUUACCUAGUUCGGAUUCAAAUCCAAAAUUUAACAAUAAUAAUAAAAACGUUAAACUUUAUAAAGGCCAAUAUAAUACUGUUGAUUUUAACGUAGACGAUAAUGGAUUAUGGAUAAUAUUCGCAGUACCGGGUUCAAAUAAUACUGCCAUAAUGAAAGUGAACACGGAAACUAUGAAAGCUCAAUAUAUUUGGAACAUAAGUCUGGAACAUCAAAAAGUCGGUGAAAUGUUUAUUGUUUGCGGCGUCCUUUACGCCGUAGAUAGCGUAACCGAUCGAAAUACGAAAAUACGAUUCGCGUUCGAUCUUUAUAAAAAUAAUUUACUAGACGUGAAUUUGGCGUUUACGAAUCCUUUCAGAAAGACUACAAUGUUGGGAUAUAACGCAAGAAAUCAGGAAUUGUAUUCUUGGGAUAAAGGAAACCAAUUAACUUAUCCUGUUCGAUAUCAUGAUAUAGGUUACAACUCAACAACGGCACCUGGAAAAGAUGACAGAAGUGAAAUGUUGGAUGCCAUUUGAAAUGCAAUUUAGUUUACUUUAUAAACCUUUUCAAUUUAAAAACAAACAGAAACAUGAUUUAAUAAAUUUUAAAAAUAUA